ACUUCACAGCAAACCCCGGGAAACUUCAGAAAAACACCAGGAGUAGAGCCUUCAGUUUCAUAGCUAGCUAGCUAGCUAGUGAUCCCUUUAGCUAAGAUAGCUAGAUACUAAGCUCUCUCUUCGUCUCACUCUCCAUUAACAUUCUGACAUGGCUGGACACAAGGUGGUAUUCUGCACUUGCAUUCUGAUCUUCAUCGUCGUCGUCAUCUCAGGCCAGGCCGAAGCCCGGAGGCUGGCGGCGGUGGCCAACGGCAAUGAGGAUGCCGUCGCCGUGGAAGGUGACGGGAGCUUCAGAGCAGUGCAAGAAACUGCUUCUUCUGCGUCGACUGAUCAUGCAGCUGCAGGUCGAGGCGGCGGCGGCGCCGCCACCGCCGUACAAGGAAGCAUGCCAAUGACGACGACGGACUCCCGCCCUACUGCUCCCGGGAACAGCCCCGGCAUAGGCAACAAGGGGAAGAUCAACAACUAGCAGCUCUCGAUCGUAUGCGUUCCUGUUUAAUUAAGGCUUUUAAUUAAGCAUUUAAGCUCUAUAGCUGGUGAUCGAUCGAUUGUGUGUUGCCGAUCAGCUAGCUCCUUAACAUCUACGUAUACUUGGGUUCUACUUCUGAAUUUGCCUCUAGUUUUUCGCGUCAUUUUGAUUUGAUUUGCUCCAAGCAUCGAACUAAGCUCGAUGUUGUGUGAACUUCUGUCGAUCAGUAUGUGUACUGUGUUGACUGUUUGUACUGUUAAGCACUUAAGCAAUGUUGAUUAUUCAAUAAAGUUGUGAGCGGUUGCAGCUUCUAUGCCACUGCAUAUCGGUA